AUGGAUGCAUAUGGAUCUCGGCCUGCCUCGCUGGACCUGAGUGAACGCUUGCCAUCCAUUCCAGAUAGUGGCGAAGCGACACCUAUCCCUCCUACUACACCGCAUGUCCUCGGUAUUGCCUUCUCUGCACCUGCUGCACGUUCUGAAAGGCCCUAUUCCCCGUUGGUCGACCAACAUGAGUCAUCCUUCUCGUCACAGGGUGCAUCGCCUCGAAUGAAUUCUCUUAGUGAUGUGCCUAUGCCCGUCCCUAUGGCAAAGUCCGUUCCAACACCGACCUCUAAACCGAUCCAGCAGUCUACAGCGGGGCCAGCGCCACCACUGAGUUUCCCUAUCGCCGUGAACGAGGACGAGGACGAAGAUAUCUCGCAUACGUCCACUUCCAAUCUACUGCGCCCUGUGUCGAAGUACCAGAAUGAUUCAUUCGGCAAUAUGGACGACUCUAUCUCCUACUAUCUGGACCCCACUGACGAAAGCAUACGGGAAAAGGGCACGACGCCUAUCCACGAAGACAUUCGUGGCAUUGUGACGCCCUAUAUGCAGCAUGAUGAAGACAAUAGAUCUGACCCGGAUGUGGACAGGCAGUCUAUGAGGACGCCCGAUAUGGAUAGCAUUCUAUCGGAAUAUGCACGUCAUGGGUCAAUGACACCUGUAUUGUCCAUGUACAAACGACGGCCAACCAAUCCAGAGACGCCCAACUUUGACAGGCACGGAUUGCGAUUGUACCGCCAUGCUACAGACAGUCGCAGCUCGAUCGGUGCAUUUUCAGUCUUAGAUGAGGAUGAUGAAGACCCUAUUCGCCAUAUGGAUGGCGAUAGCCCCGUGCAGCGAGCACGGUGGCGUGGAAAACACGAUAUUUACUCAGGGACAGCAGCGGAUACGUCCAUGGUAUCUCUGGCAGAUAUGUCCAGUGAACACACAGCGCUGCCAGCAGACUACCGAACGCUAGCACUUGUCAAUCAUUCGAUGAUCGACUGGGUGGAUGCAGACAAGGAUUGGGAUGAUAAGCGGAUGUCAAAGAUGAGCUACUUCUCAUGGCGUGCUUGUACAAACGUAUCAAUGCUCUUGAUCCUUGCUUUAUCCGUGCUUAUGCUGUUCUUGGGAUACCCUGUUCUACACACCUAUACAAUCCAAGCUAUUCAUGAAUCCAACCAUUUCGGAAAUGUCUCCCCUAAUUCCUCCAUACCUACUACGUUUAAUGCUACGAACCUGCGCCAGGGCUUAAUCGAUCCUGAUACGCCUCCUGACAAAUAUGAGCGCAUUAACAUUCGCAAUCAAAAGACGAUGAAAUUGGUUUUCAGUGACGAAUUUAAUACACCUGGUCGAUCAUUUUACCCUGGUGAAGACCCCUUUUGGCAAGCAGAAGACUUGCACUAUUGGCAAACUAUGAAUUACGAAUGGUAUGACCCUGACUCUGUAUACACGGAGGAUGGUGAUUUGGUGAUCCGCUUCGCUCAGAAGCCCGAACAUGGCCUGUUCUUCCGUGGCGGUAUGAUCUCGAGCUGGAACAAGUUUUGUUUUACUGGCGGAUACAUGGAAGUCAAACUCCAACUUCCAGGUUUCCAUAAUGUCUCCGGUCUAUGGCCUGCGGUAUGGACCAUGGGCAACUUGGGCCGAGCAGGCUAUGGUGCUUCUACAGAGGGCAUGUGGCCGUACUCGUACGACACAUGCGAUGUCGGUACCAUGCCGAAUCAGACCUAUCUACCUAGUCAGGGCGGUGGUCCACUGGCUGCGGAGACAUCUGGUCGCUGGGUCGAUCAGUAUGGCCCCAGUUUAAGUUUCCUCCCAGGUCAACGUCUGAGCCGCUGCACCUGCCUGGAUAGCGAUGAUCAUCCAGGUCCACGGCACCCUGACGGUACUUGGGUUGGCCGAUCUGCGCCGGAAAUUGACCUACUGGAAGCGACGGCCAACAAUGGCGCUGAUGAGCAUGGUCAGCUGUCCAUGUCUUUGCAGAUUGCGCCUUUUGAUACAGCAUACAACGCAUCGACUGAAGGUGAUGCGUUGGUCAUCUAUCCGAACCUUACACGCGCCGUUGCGCGAAAUGAUUACACUGGUGCAGCGUUCCAGCAAGCCGUAUCGGUCAUGGUGAAUACCAGUGACACAGCCUACCAGCACACAGGUCAGGAGUACGAUACAUACGCGUUCUUGUACGAGCCUGGUAGCACGCUUGAUUCACACAUUACGUGGUUCGUAAAUAACGAGCCGAAGUUUACGGUCAACACAACCGCCCUUGGCCCCAACCCUGAAACGGAGAUUGGCCAACGCACGAUGCCCGAAGAGCCUAUGUAUGUGAUUAUGAACCUGGGUAUGUCGCCAUCUUUCCAAUGGGUCAACUGGGAUGAACUUAGGGUCGGCUUUCCUUUCAAACUCCGUGUGGAUUAUAUCCGUAUCUACCAGGAUGAAGAUAAAAUCACUCCCGACAGUUUGUCAUGUGAUCCUACCAAUUUCCCUACCAAGGCCUAUAUUGAGAAACACAAAGAGGCGUAUACAAACAGUCAAUUCACAUCAUGGUUACAACCCGCCGAUAAAGGUGGGUAUAAUCAUCCGUUCCCCGGCAAUGUUUUGUUAGGGCAAUGUUCGUAG